CCAUCAUGGCGGCACUACUGCUUGUCCUCACCCUUGUGACCAGUCUCCAUAAGGUCUCAGCUGCUAUACCUGGCAACAUCCUAGUGACAACAAUCGAGCAUUGGCCCUUCGUGAUGCCCAACUAUAGGCUUGGGGUGGGCUUUGAAGGCAUCAUUGUGGACAUUCUCGACGAGCUCGCCCGGCGCUGCAACUUCACCUACAACCUCGACCUGGUGAAAGACAACACCUGGGGGAGACAGCGGCCGGAUGGGACGUGGACGGGGAUGAUCGGAGAGGUUAUCAACCAUGAAGCUGACAUCGCUGCCGCCCCUCUGGUCAUCCUGCCCUCCCGGUCAAGGGUCAUCCGCUACACCCAGCCAUACCUGUCAUCAGGGAUCCGUAUAUUGUACACCAAGCCUUCUGAUUGGUUGGCAACACACGCCUUCUUCCUCCUCCUCAAACCCUUCACUCUCUGGAUGUGGGGCAUCCUUGCUCUCAUCCUUGUCAUCAUCACCACCCUCUUCACAGUCAUCGUCCGAUACAGCCCAUACGAGAAGUGGUCCUUUAUCCUCGGCACUGAGGAUGAGGAGCCGGUGAGGGAGAGGUCACUGUCCAGUAGCAUCUUCUACACGCUGAGUACUCUGAUGUGGCAGAGAAGCCGUUGCCUGCCCAGAUCAUCAUCCGGCCGUGUGUUGACCUCUGUCUGGUGGCUCUUCUCCAUCCUCGUGCUCGUGUCCUUCACCUCAAGCCUCACCGCCCUCUUCCUCUCCCACGAAUCCAGUAUCUACAGCGUGCCCUUCACAUCCUUCGAGGAACUUGUCCAACAACAAGAUGUCUCCUUCGGCUGCGCCAAGAGCGGUCACAUCGCAUCAUACCUUCAGACGUCCCAGGAACCGUUAGCCAAGCGAUUAUGGGAGCAGAUCAACAAGGACGAUGCCAACCUGUUUCAAACAACUGCCUCUGGUAUCGCGAAAGUUCGAGAAUCUCGUGGCACCUACGCCCUCCUUAUGGAAGGAAUUAUGGCUGAAUACGCGUCUGGAAGUCAACCAUGUGACCUUAUCACUCUCGGACAGCCCCUAAACGAUAAAGGAUAUGCCUUCGCGUGUAAUUUGCACAGCGAUAUAUGUAACAUCCUUGAUAACAAAAUCCUUGAAAUGAAAGAAGAGGAUGUGCUGUUGAGGAUCAAGGAGAAAUGGACCAACAAGGGAUGUGAUGCUAUCAAGGGGAGAGAACUCGUGUAUGAUGGUGUUGACUUUAUUGACUCUAUGGGGUUUAAGGGGUCUCUAAUUUAUGAUAAUCCUGUCACAGUGCGGAAGUUUGCAGGUGGACUGGUUCUAUUCCUACUCGGCGCUGUACUAGCCGUUGUCUGUCUGUGCGCCGAAGCUACCAGUUCUAAAACAAACAGAUAUACAUGGAGACGUGAAGCUCUGGUGACUUCAUUUGACAAUCCUAAUUUGGCUGUAGAACGCCAUGUCCAGGGCAGCGAAACUGACCUCUAGUUCUGACAAUUAUUCCAACAGAAACGUCCUGCAUUUCAACCGUGCUGGAAAGUACGAAACCAUUAAUGUUGUCACUUUUGUAGCAUAAAAUAUUUUUUCAGCGAAACUUCUCGUUGCUUCGAAUAUAUUUUCGUUGCUUCGAUUAUUUUCUCGUUGCUGUGGUUAUUUUCUCGUUACUUCAAGUCAAACACUUUUCGAGUACUUACUCGUUACUAUGUUUUCUCUCUCGUUACUUUGCUUAUGUUAUCUUUUCGUUACUUCGAUCAUUUACUCACUGCCUCGAAAAUUUUCUCGUUUCAAUUUUUUUCAAAACUUGAAAUUUCAAGUAUUCACUCGUUGCUUCGAG